CUAUUAUUUAUUCUUCUUGACCUGGCUCAGAUGACUAUUUAGCAUGAUAUCCUCCGGAAAUUGAGUUUCCCCAUACUCUUUUUAAGCUGGAUUUUACAAAGAUUUGGAAAAUAAUGUCACAAAUACGAAAAUAUUUCAUAAGUCACGAAAACGUAAUCGCUGUCAAAGGUUGAGCUAUGGGGUGAAUCACUGUACAUGUACACUGUGUAAUAGCAAACAGAAACAGGCAGGGCUCCACCCCCCUGGUGAAUUGUCGUACGACAUUUCCUCCACCAUAGUCUCCGCAAGUCACGUGCGCACAUAUUACAUAUCGCGAUGUUGAACUUUCAUCACUCCUUACCUCACCAUGAGUCUGUCGCCAGCUAAGAAGGAAAUCAAGGUCAAGUCUGAGGCGGAGACAACUCCGUUGACGUCGCAGUCUUCCUCAAAUAGCACACCCAAACCCUCUUCCUCGUCGGAUGGGUGGCAAGACAUCCCUUUGAAGUCCUGUACCAAAGAAGAGGUCAGUGAUAUUCGGUAUCACAUCAUGAAAUUCCAGAGCACAAGAGACGUUGAUGUGGUGGAGGACUUCACCAAACCUGUCAGGUUGCAUAGAAAGGAUCCCCGUAAUAUCCAGUUUCAAUUGACCAGGCAAGAGAUCGAUAGAAGAAAGAAGCAACUUGCGAUUGACAAGGCCAACGGAGUGGUCCACGAACCAACCGAGGAAGAGCUCAUUGCAGAGGACGAGGCAGCUAUUGCCAGGGGAGAGGAGCCAAGAAGGUAUCCCAGAGCAGACAUGUCGCAAGUAGCUCCAGACGGAGGUGCCAGAAGAUCCAAGAAGAACAUCUUCAAGAAGAAGACCAGACAAAUUAGUUUGGUGGACGAUGCCAAAAGAAAGUUGAGAUACGAAGAAUACUACCCAUGGGUUAUAGAAGACUAUGACGGUAGCAACGUCUUUGUCGGAAACUAUGAAGCUGGAGCUUCUGAUACUCAGCAUGUCUUAUUUGUUUUUGACAAGGAUGGCUUCAAGAUGGUCCCAGCAGAAAAAGUCUAUAAGUUCACACCCAGAAACAAGUAUGCGACCUUGACCUUGGAAGAAGCCGAAGCCAAGAUGGAGAAGAACUCUUCCGUUCCAAGAUGGUUGAUGAAACACAUGGAAGAAAAAUCCAUAGCUGAUAAUACCCAGGAUUCCAGAUUUAGAGGAAGUGCCCCUGGUAAUGGUAUUGUGGCUCCUGCAAGCACAAACAAUAGUAGGAGAUUGCGUACUGUGCUUGGAGGGGGCUCCAACGACAGAGACUCGGACCAUGAUGACUUAGAUUUCGAUGAAGAGUUUGCCGAUGAUGAAGAAGCACCAAUUAUGGACGGAGAUGAAGAAGAAAAUAAAUUAUCUGAAAGAAGAGUCAAGAAGGAAAUGUUGAAGGCAGCACAUUUCGAUGGCCAGUCAGACGCAGAAAUUGAUGAUGAGUUAGACGACUUGUUUGAAACAGAAAAGAGUAGAAAGGUCGACAAAGAAGGUAAGAAGUUGCGGAAGGUUUUGAACAAGACCGAAGGUGGUGUUUAUGACAGUGAAGAUGAUGAUCAAUUGAAUCCAUACUUAUCCAAAUCCGAUUUGGAAAGUGAUGAUGAAAGUGACGAUGAGCCUACAGUAAAGCAGGAAGACGCAGAAGGAGUUUCUAAGGAAUCUGACACCAAAAAGUCUGGUAGAUCACUUAUUGCCCAAAAUGUUGGGGACGGAUUUGUCGUCAUUAAGGCUCCAGCAGAAUUCUUGAAUACAUUCCCGAAGGGUAAUUGGAUUCCAAAUGGUCGUAAGAGACCAGCUCCAGUUCUCGCUUCCCCCAAGAAGAAGGCUAAAGUGGAUGGAGAUAAAUCACCCAAGAAAAUUAAGAGUGAAACCGAAAGAUCAAUUUCCCCCACUCCAAUUAUCAGCCUGUCGGUUGAUUUGGAUUCUUCAGGUCCAGAUGGCGUUUUGGUGACAAUCAAGGAAGUAUUGAACAUGGUGAAGAACAAUCCAUUGACUACCAAAGAGUUGUUAUUGAGUUUGAAGACUAGGGUCAAUGCUCAUAGGGACAACAAACAACGUAUUAUCAGUAUUGUCAAGCAAAAUCUCAAAUUGGUGGAUGGAAAAUUGGUGUUAAAGGAAUAGAGGCAUGAAACUGAAAACAUUCUACAUGGUAUAAAUCCGUAUUCAUGGAUGUUCUAUGUCAUUCCAAUCU